AUCCGAUCGAUAUACAUUAGUUAGUUGAUUAUGACUUCGGAUCUCUUAAUUUGGCGGCGUUUGCUAAAUCAUCUUUGGAAAUGCUCAAUUUUAAUUUAAUAGUUGCUGUUUGUGAAAAUUUCGGUAUUGGUGUGAAAGGUGAACUUCCAUGGCGUCUAAGGUCAGAGCUCAAAUACUUUUCAUCUACUACAAGGAGACGGUUGGAUCCGAAAAAACAAAAUGUGGCCAUAAUGGGACGAAGAACUUUUUUUGCUAUACCUGAAGAUAAGCGUCCCCUAUUUGACCGACUUAAUGUAGUGUUAAGUACAACACUCAAGGCCACAGAUCUACCAGAAAGCGUGCUACUCUUUCCCAACUUGGAAUCGGCAAUGCAACAGUUAGAGCAAUCCGAAUUAAGGGAACAAAUAGAAACAGUGUGGAUUGUUGGUGGCAGUGGAGUAUACAAGGAGGCAUUAAUUUCACCAAGAUGUAACCGAAUAUAUUUAACAAAAAUCCUUCAACAAUUUGAGUGUGAUACUUUCUUCCCUGAGAUUCCAGCUGAUUUUCAAGAAGUGAAACUAGACCCAGAAAUUCCAAUGGGCAUCCAAGAAGAGGGAGGCAUACAAUAUGAAUAUAAAGUAUUGGAAAAACGAAAAUAGAGUAAAUAAAAUGCAUUAACAUUUA